AUGAAUCAGUGGGGACAAGAGAGUUCUCACUGCUAUGUUGCCAAGGUCUGUCUUAGACUGCUCAUCGAUACAUACACGGAAGAGUUCUAUUAUGCCUGGAAGGAGAAAGAACGCAAUUCAAUUCGUGAAUAUGCACGAGACUUCUGGGCCAAACAUGUUCAGACUCAAGAAGAGCAAAAGGUCGAUUCUCUCUUGGCCGAUCUCUUGAAGACAUUUCUUGGCUCGCCGGAGGAAAGCAGCACACAAUACCGUGUCUGGACUCUUGAAAUCGAAAGAGAAUAUGAAAAUAGGCCUUCGAAAAGGUCCCCUGUCUCUUAUUUUGGUCUUUAUGCAUUGUUCCCAGUCAAAAGGAGCAUCUUGGCAAUGUGUUACUUCCCUUUCUAUAUGUUAUUGCAAGAUUGGUGGGAAAGUGCGGAAAUCCAUUUCUCCGAAAUGACCGAUAAUGGCCAAAAUGUUCUCUGCAUUGCAGCUCGGGAAGGAAACAGGAAAAUCUGUGAAGCAUUGAUACGACGGGGCAUGAAUGUCAAUCAACCGGAUAGACUCAAUGGUAGCGCAUUGGCAACAGCAGCGCUUGCCGGCCAUCUCGAUAUAGUCAACUUUCUCAUUGAGAAAGGCAGCGACGUGAAUCAAAUUCUUCGAGCUGGAUAUCAAGCUGGAGAUUAUGGUAGCGCAUUGGCAGCAGCAGCGUAUAACGGCCAUCCCGAUAUAAUCAAAAUUCUAAUUGAAAAAGGCAGCGACGUCAAUCAAAUUCUUGAAGCCGGGAAAUUUGGCAGUGCUCUCGCGGCAGCAGCAGUACUAUCCAAGAAUACUGAAAUAGUUCGAUAUCUCAUUCAGCAAGGCGCCAACGUGAAUCAAUUUCGUCAAGCUGGAGAUUUUGGCAGUGCUCUAAUAGCAGCUGCGAAUAAUGGCCAUCUCGAUACAGUCAAAUGUCUUAUUGAGCAAGGCGCCAAUAUAAAUUUCCAAGAUAGACGUUUUGGCAGUGCUUUAGCAGCUGCAGCUGCAGGAUAUGAAAGUAUUGAAAAAGUUCAAUAUCUCGUUGAGCAAGGCGCCAACGUGAAUGAAAUUCUCCAAGCUGGACAUUAUGGCAGUGCUUUAGCAGCUGCAGCGAAUAGCGGCUUUCUCGAUACAGUCAAAUAUCUUGUUGAGCAAGGCGCCAACGUGAAUCAAAGUCUCCAAGCUGGAGAUUAUGGCAGUGCUCUAGCAGCUGCAGCUGCAGGAUAUGGAAGUAUUGAAAAAGUUCAAUAUCUCGUUGAGCAAGGCGCCAAUGUGAAUCAAAUUCUCCAAGUUGGACAUUAUGGCAGUGCUCUAGCAGCAGCAGCACACUGCAAUCUAGCAGCAACAAACUACGAACUAGCAGUACUUGAAGGAUAUAGAAAAAUUGAAAAAGUUCAAUAUCUUGUUGAGCAAGGCGCCAACGUGAAUCAAAGCCUCCAAGCUGGAUGUUAUGGCAGUGCUCUAGCAGCUGCAGCUGCAGGAUAUAAAAAUAAGAAUAUGGUUAAAUAUCUUAUUUAUCUUGGCGCCAAAGAAGAUUAG